ACCAAUCACAGCUGUUGUGAUCUGUGUAGACCUGACACCAGUAACUGAUUCUGAAACACAUCAGGCAAACAGCACAGCACUUCCGUUACUGGUCAAGAUGAGAGGCUUACUGUUCCUGCUUAACACUCUGUUGCUGCUGGAGUCAACAAAGGCAAAGGGAAUGAUAUAUGAUAAGUUAAAUGAUGAUGAUAGAAAAAUUGUUGACAAGGCAAUAGCACAAGCCAAUAAGGAUUAUGGAAACGGCAAACACCUUGACUUUUUCACCAUUGUCAAUCAAAAUAACAAUAUGGUCAAUGUGGUACUGAGACCCACCUCAUGUAACCGCACAACACCGAGUGUCCAUCGGAAAGAAUGUAGCCUUCACAAUAAGCCACCUCAGUUUUCCUGUAUUGACUGUAAAGGAACCAUGGAACGAUGUUUACUUCUCAAACAAACGGAAGAGAUAAAAAAAAGGAUGGAGAAAUGUUCCCUGUCAGUGAAUAUUCAUCGUACUGGGUCAGCACAUGCAAUGUUCCAAAAAUCAGGAAAUGAACAGCAACAAAUUGGAUGUCUUGGAUGCAUCUGAGAUGUAAAAAGGAUCAAGGACAAUUGCAACUGGCCAUUUAAAAAAAAAAAAAAUCCUUCACAUGUUACAUUUAAUAUAUAUACAGUAUAUAUUAAAUGUAACAUGUUUCUUUUCUUGCAGGCUUAACAUUUGUAUGCCUGUACAAAUAAAUGAAAUUAAAAAAAAGUAACCAAAAAACAAAUUUGCUUUGCCAGGUCUUCAUAUGAAGAGCCAAUAAUAUUAGACAAAAAAUAUGUAAUGAAUCAAUGUCAUCUUUGCCAUGCACAUAUGCAAUAUAAACUGUUGUAUUCUUUUUGUCAUGAGGAUUCUCUGUGAUUGGUAUGAGGUCCUCUUGGCCGUGAUUAAAUCAUAUCUAAAGGCA